AUGAGCAUCCUGUAUAUCAGCAAAAUAGGACCAGGAACUAAAUCGUUCCUCCUUAAAGAGUACGGCAGGACAGACAAAGCCUUUGCCGAUAUGUGGGACUGGCCAGCAGAAUUUGCAAGUCAUCCGAAGAAGUAUUUUCAAACCAAGAAGAAACUUAUGAACCAUAUCAAUACCCAGCGAAAUAAGCUUGAUCGAGAAUCCUCUGAUGUUUAUGGCGAGAUUACUUUCUACAGCGAAAUCGUCGAGUUCAUAAUGCAGUGGAUGAUAGAACGGAUUCGUGACAGCGGUUUUGGAAACACAUGGAAAUCAUUGGUUGUUUUCCAGAAAGUAACUCGCUGCAUGUUAGACACAGGAGCGGAACGAGCCUAUGGGACUAUGUUUUUCACACGUGGCAAUUUUCCAAACAUAGAUUUAUAUGAUAACUACUUCAAAAGGAUAUUUAGGUUCAACUACAACUACAGAAGUUCAACGUUCUAUUCUGAUCUUGUCGAUCCACUUUUCGAUACAGCGUCAGAUCAGAGCGAUACCACAAUCGCUAUCAGGACUCUUAGAAACGAAAUAAAGAGCAGCAAUUUUAGCGGACUGUAUACGUCAAAGGAAAAAGCCGAGGCAUACUUUGACAAUAUUACGUUAAGAGUAGACUUUUUGUUUAGACUUCAAAAGCUCAUUUCGUCAAGAAUAAUCGAUCGUAUUAAUAUCACAGCUAAAGAGUACGUUCAAAAUACGGUUAUUUUUAGCAUCAUUGCAUCAGUGGUUAUUUGUAGCUGUCCAUUGAUCAUGUAUUUCACGGAAUCGUUGACAAGUACCAUGCAAAACUACUCAAGAGUUCUCAUGAAGGCCUCAGACGAUCUGAACAAAGAGAAAAGCAAGACAGAUUCACUUUUAUACCAGAUACUUCCAAAACCUGUAGCUGAAAGACUAAAACGAAAAAGAAAAAUUGACUCUGAAUUCUUCAAAUCCGCAACAAUAAUGUUUACAAGCGUCGUGGACUUCACACAGCUGAGUAUUGAAUAUUCCGCCCUAGAGCUUGCAGAUUUACUCAACAAUCUGUACACUUAUAUUGACGAGAAGAUAGAAAGAUAUGAUGUAUACAAAGUGGAGACAAUCAAUGAUACAUACAUGGUUGUGUCAGGUGUACCAGUUCGUAACGGUGACAGACAUGCCUCCGAAAUCGCGUAUCUGGCUUUGGAUAUUGUUUCCAUGGCGACUGGACACACGUUUAUGUCAAAAGGAAUCAGAUCUCCCGUACAUCUGUUGUUAGGGAUCAGCACAGCUAACAGAAUUCACAUCAGUGAGACAACAUACCGGAACUUGAAGAAAACUGAUUCUUUCAAGAUCACAACACGGGGAAGCAUUGUCAUCAAAGGAAAGGGUGAAAUGAAUACUUACUGGUUGACUGAUUCAUCCCGCAAAUACUACAGAGCUGAUGGUACCUCUACAUGGCAACUUCCAGGACAAACUGAAACUGACUCCAGUGUUAGUAUACCAACUGGGCAGGGCACCAGCCAGGGGAUAAACUUACCUGAUAUGGACAUGAAAAAGGAAAUUGAUGGCUAG